GUUGUCGUAUCCUUGUCGACAAUGUGUUUGUAUUUUAAAAGACUAAUGUUACAGUAAAGGGCUGUUUCAUUAAAAAAAAGGGGUGGCUAUAGCCGCCACAGUUAUGCAUUAACGUGCUGUUUUAAGCGUUUACUGAAGUUGCGUUAACUUACCCAGCGGUUGGAUUUGUUAGCUGGCUAAACGAACAGUGGUAACGUUAACGGUCCACCCGUCAGAGAUGAUGGAAAAAUAACGGAGCUGUCAGCUCGUUACUGGAAGCAUUUGAAGUUACACUAACGUUACCUUUGCUGGACACCGAGCUAACGAACAGUUUUUACAGUUGAAGAUGACGACUUCAUGGAGUGACCGUUUGCAGAACUAUGCCGACCUACCAGCCAACAUGGACGGUGUGGCCAUGAAAAAGUAUCGACGUGAAGCUAACCACAGAGUGUUUGUGAACCGAAGCUUGGCCAUGGAGAAGAUUAAGUGUUUUGGUUUUGAUAUGGAUUAUACUCUGGCAGUGUAUAAAUCUCCAGAGUAUGAGUCACUUGGCUUUGACUUGACGGUGGAGCGCCUGGUGUCAAUUGGAUAUCCACAAGAGCUGCUCAACUUUGUCUACGACCCCUCCUUCCCCACCAGAGGUCUGGUGUUUGACACGAUGUAUGGCAACCUGCUCAAAGUGGAUGCAUAUGGGAACAUCCUGGUGUGUGUGCACGGAUUCAAUUUCUUAAGGGGACCUGACAUCAGAGAGAUGUAUCCCAACAAAUUCAUUCAACGUGGUGACACAGAGCGCUUCUACAUCCUCAACACACUCUUCAACCUGCCUGAAACCUACCUCUUUGCUUGCCUGGUGGAUUUCUUUAGUAACUGCCCCAGAUACACAAGUUGUGAGGCUGGCUUCAAAGAUGGCGACCUUUUCAUGUCCUACAAGAGCAUGUUCCAGGAUGUCCGAGAUGGUGUGGACUGGGUUCAUUUCAAGGGCUCCUUAAAAGAGAAAACGGUUGAAAACCUGGAGAAGUAUGUGGUAAAGGAUCCGAAGCUUCCUCUCCUCCUCAGUCGUAUGAACGAAGUAGCCAAAGUAUUUCUGGCCACCAACAGCGAUUACAAAUACACAGAGAAAAUUAUGACCUACCUGUUUGACUUUCCUCAUGGCCCAAAGCCGGGUACACCCCACCGGCCUUGGAAGUCCUACUUUGACCUGAUCCUGGUGGAUGCCCGCAAGCCUGUGUUCUUUGGAGAAGGAACAGUGCUGCGGCAAGUCGACACUACUACAGGUCGGCUGAAGAUUGGCACAUACACGGGACCUCUUCAGCAUGGUAUUGUUUACUCUGGAGGUUCUUCAGACAUUGUGUGUGACUUAUUGGGCGCUAAAGGAAAGGACAUCAUCUACAUUGGAGACCACAUUUUUGGUGACAUCCUCAAAUCCAAGAAGCGCCAGGGCUGGCGGACUUUCCUGGUGAUACCUGAGCUGGCCCAGGAGCUGCAUGUUUGGACUGAUAAGAGCUCCAUAUUUGAGGAACUUCAGUCUCUGGACUGCUUCCUCGCAGAGCUUUACAAGCAUCUGGACAGCAGCAGCAAUGAGAGGCCUGACAUCAGCUCACUGCAGAGACGCAUUAAGAAAGUGACCCAUGACAUGGACAUGUGCUAUGGCAUGAUGGGGAGUCUGUUUCGCAGCGGAUCCCGUCAGACGCUGUUUGCCUCUCAAGUGAUGCGCUACGCUGACCUGUACGCCGCUUCCUUCAUCAACCUGCUUUACUACCCCUUCAGCUAUCUGUUCAGAGCUGCUCAUGUGCUGAUGCCUCAUGAGUCAACAGUGGAGCACACCCACGUUAAUAUCAUCGACACAGAGUCACCGCUGGCCACACGAAACCGCCACGAUGUUGACCUCAAGGAGAUGGAGUGCAAACGACACCAGCUGACUCGAUCCAUCAGCGAGAUCCAGCCCCCCCACUUCUUCCCUCAGGCUCCACAGGAGAUCACCCACUGCCAUGACGAGGAUGAUGAUGAGGAGGAAGAGGAGUAGACAAAGGGAGAAGAGCAGAGGAGUCUGCAGAUGAAGCUCGCUGUCACAUCUAGUACAUCCUGUUUUCAUGUUUAAGUUGAUCUUUGAGCCUGGUUGGUGAAGAACAGGUACACUGAAUUGACGGUUUGUGAUAUGGACUACUUCAAGUUCCAGCGGGCUUGCUACUUCCCUGGUAGCUGCACCUGAAAGUUAGUUUAGAUUAGUUUAGAUGUAACUGUUAUUAUAAGAUUAAAGCAGUAGGGUGGUUAAGUUGAAGUGUGUUGUUAGAUCCUCGUGGCUCUGCCAGGUUUGUGUAAGGACGAAUUUUCUGCUUUUAUCCAGGUUAUUAGGAGUCCAGGAUGCAUCCAGCUCACUGCCAUGCGGCUUACUCCUGCAUCAUAGCUCUCACUUUAAUACAUGCAAAACACUGAGGUUAACCUUAACCUGUCUUUAAGGAGCUAUCCACCAAUCCCUCUAGAAUGUUGCAAUCGUAACAAUUAACGCAAAUUCAGCCAAUCCCCAGGAAUUCUGUGCGACCUUGCAAUUUUGUCCAGUCACAGUAACUUAACCACAAAUUUGACUAUUUAAAACAGGAAACAUUUUAUUAUAUUAUAGAGCUGCGUGCAGCGUGUUGAUUUGCUCUGCAUUUAUGAUUAGACUACUGCUGCAGGACUGGAGCUCUGUGCCUGGAAUGAAGUCACACACAGUGACAGGGCUAAUGUUACCCAACAGUUCCUAACAGGUUUAACAACAAAGUCGAGCCAUUUCGUUGUCGAUGUGUGUUUAACAGCUCUGUGUCGGACAUUAGCUGCUGCUGUGAGGCUUUGGCCCAAGUGGCGAAGUAUGACAAGUAGAGAUUAGAUCACUUUGUGCUGUUCAGCAGCGAUCAGCUUUUGCUGUCAUCCCUUUGCCAUGAAUCCUGGCUAGACUUCUAUCCACCAUAAACCUCAGUAACACUGUUGUGACAGCCAUGUCAGUCACAGACUUUGCAUAUUUGGGACCAUAUUGUUUUUGAGGUGUAAUUUUUUUCCACUUCCAAAGAAUACUGGCCAAAUGUAGAGAUGUGUUGGUGAGGUAUUUCAGCGCAGCUAGAAGGAGAAAUAAAUAUUUUUAACAUCCACGAUAAAUAUCAGCUGGUGUGAAAAACAUGAUUUUCACCUGCAGUAGCCUCAACAGAUCCGCUGUUUGGAUCAUCCUGUGUUAUUGACCUGCCUCUGUGUUGACAAGCAACAACCUUUCAUCCCCUUGUUUUAUUUUUAAUUUGUUUAGGUUUUUUUUUUAAAGAAAAUAUAGGAAAUGAAGGGAUUAAAAGCACACCUGGGGGAGGAUUUUUACUUGAAGAAAAUUAAACUGUAGUUUGUGUUUUAAACACAGCUGCUAAAAGUAUCUAACUGUUCUACACCAUUAGAGUGUUUUCUGUCAAGCAGAGUUUGUAAUGCCUGCUAUGGUGAGGUGAAGUCAAAAAGAAAUUGUACAUCACAGCUAUUGACACUGAAUCAGAGAAACCUCACCUUCUUAUUUUCCCUGUUAUUCCCCUCACUGUGUUGUACGAUAGGAAUUCCACAGAAUGUAAAUGACCUCUCACCUUUAAGUCCUUACUGUUCUAUAGUCUGUGUUUAUGACGUGUAAUGUAGAUAAUACACUCUGCACCUACACGGUUACGGCCUUAUUCAUCCUGCAUUGAGUUGAUACAGUGAGUGUGAAUGAGAGAAAUGGUUAAAGUAUAUUUUGAAUGUGAAUGCUGGAUUGUUUUAAUCUGAAGACAGGUAAAAGUUAUGACAGAUGAAGGCUAUGGAAGCCCAUUUCUUCCAGAUGACAUGAACAUAUUUAGGUUAAAAUUCCAACAAUUUCAUACUCAAAGUCAACAUUAUGAGACCCUGAAGUAUACAAGAAGUCAAUAUUUUAACCCAAUCAGAUUGACUUGACAAAAUUUAGAAUUAUGAGAUAAUAAGCACGUCACAAUUUGGAGUCAUCAGGUUUUUGGUUAUAACUCAGUUCAUACACUAAUUAUAGCAGUAUUUCACACAAAUAUCUCAGAGGAUAAAAUGAAGUGUUGACAUUUUAUAUCAAAAGCUCAAAUGUCAGCUUCACUGUGUCAUCAUAAUGCAAGAACACUUUUCUGGGCAUUACUAAACACCAUAAUGAAACUGUGCUGAUUGUAUAGAUCUUCUGUGCUGUUGGGGGCAUCAAUGUUUUAACAGACGUGGAUGUUAACUUUGAGUGCAACUGGACUGGUUUGCGAAGGCAUACAAGCGAAGCGGUAAUUUGAAUUUUUAAUGAACGGUUACAUUUUUAAGUCCAAACUUAUGAGAUAGUCAAUUAGCCUGGAAAUCCAGAUUCAAAUCUAGAAAGAUUUUGAGUCUGGCCCUCACUGAUACACCCUUCCUACCCAAGGGGCGGCACUAACUGAGGCAAUACAAAUGCCGCCACACGCAAUUGGAUAGCAUGAUGGCCAAUCAGAGCAAAAUACAAGGUGACAUAUUCAUUGCACUAAGCCCAAUUUGUUUGCCGACCAGUGGGGCUAACUGAUAUAUUUUGCUAAGCUAAAUCGAAUGGACGCGGUCCUUCAGCAGCUGCCAUCUUGGCUGUUUACUUUUCGACUCCUAUGGUGCAGUGCUGUUCCAGAGCCUGCCUCCAUCAGAUAGACUGAUCUGAUUGGUCCGAUUUGCGAUUCAAUGUGCUCUUGUUCGUUGGGGCCAGGUUCCCAUGCAGUGCAAAUUCGAAUUUGCAAGGGACGGGGCAUUUGGAUUUCCAGGGUAAUAGUCAAUUGUAAUUAUGAGAAAAUUCAAAUAAAAAAUCUGACAUAGUACUUUACAUUUCAGAAAUUGAAUCGCACUGACAUAAUCUUAUCAUCCCAUAUACCAUAAUUUGAUUUUAUUUUUGUUAUUUGGAAAGCUUGGUGUAUGUAUCUGUCCUGGCAGUGAUGGUCUUCCACAGAGAGGGGAACAUGCUGUUACUGUGCUGUCACUGAGUGCCAAAGUGGGCCUGUCUCCAUAUGCAUCACACAUACUGUCAACAUGAUCAGGGUGCAAUAGUUAAUUUUAGUGUGCUGAAGUGCUGAUAAGGUUGUUUUUCUUUGAGUAUUGUCAUGUUUUUAUGUUACUGUCUCGAUUUCAAAAGGACUUGUGAUUUAACAGGAGGACCUGUUUUCUGAUCUGCUGGAGUGAGCAUGCAGUAUUGAUGCUGAGGUGAGCUCUCUGACUCACAGCGGGCUAAUCCAGCCUUUUUUCACUGAAUGUGUGAUUCUGCUGUUUGUGUGUUGUUACAUUUCUUUAAGUUGCCUCAUCUCACUUGGAUUGAAGAGUCAGAUUUUUGACUUGUUUAAAUACCUGAAGACAGCUGAUUGUUUUACCUUAUUCAGGCCUGUUGCACCUUCGGAUAUUUCUCUUGUUAUUUGAGUAUGGGAGCAAUAUUGAAACACAAAGGUUUCAGAGUGGAAACAGCACCACUGAUUUAAGUUUUUCACUCUGUCAUAUUCAAGUCAUUUCAGAAGAGUUGAGCAUGUCCAUUUGCUGUCAGCUUUGAAGGCUAACGUGGACUUUGAUAAUUGCACACACUCAAGUGUAAAGUGAACCAAAUGAAUGUUUUUGUUUGUUUGUUUACCAGCAAUGGUUAAUGCAUGCAUUGAAGUUGCAUUUUUCUUUAGUUAAAUUUUGAAAUAUUGCCUUUGAAGAAUGUUGCAGUGAUGCUGCAGCUGAGAUGGUUUGAUUACAGACUGAUGUUUGUAAUAAAUUUUCUGAUCUGA